AAGAAUCACUUUUUUUUUUUUUUUUUUUUUUUCAGUUUUUUAUAAUCUUCCAGACUUUAGCACGAGAGUCACAUCCACAGCGCCACGGUGUCCGCCGGACCUGUAUGGCCCCAUCGUCGCUGUCGAUGUCAAUUUCGCCCUCCGCCGCGGCUUUGAAAAGCGAAGAUCUCCUCCCACGCUCGGUGCUCGUCACGAGAGGCGACAUGCAGACUUGCCUGAGCGCCGCAGAGGACGCCGGGAAGCCCAAAGUGGCCAUCCUGCCGUUCAGCGUCGAGGCUCUGAUGGCUGACCGCAAGCCGAGCAGAGAGGCGCCUUCCCCCGAUGGGCCUUGCGCGCAGGCCGGGACGUCCCGGUCUCUGGGGAAGGGCGUUCGGAUGGGUCCGUUCGGAGGUCUGGAUACUUCCGUGCCCGCUAUCCCGAUGGGCUCCUCUUUUUCGGUGGGCGAGCUCAUGAACGUGCAGGACGACGUGUUGAUCAAACCCGAGAGUCCAGAUAGCCAAGAGAGGACUUCUUGGAUCCAGAGUUCUCGUUUUUCUCCCACUCCUCCACGGAGGUUGAGUCCUCCGGCGUGUCCUCUGAGAAAACACAAGACCAACAGGAAGCCUCGGACCCCUUUCACGACGUCCCAGCUGCUGGCCUUGGAGAGAAAGUUCCGUCAGAAGCAGUACCUGUCCAUCGCCGAGCGCGCCGAGUUCUCCAGUUCCCUCAGCUUGACAGAGACCCAGGUCAAGAUCUGGUUUCAGAACAGGAGAGCUAAAGCCAAGCGACUGCAGGAGGCAGAACUGGAGAAACUGAAAAUGGCAGCCAAGCCCAUGUUGCCUCCGGCCUUUGGGAUUUCCUUCCCGCUGAGUGCGCACGUCCCGGGGUCCUACGUGGGCUCGCACGCCUUUCAGAGGCACUCGCUGCCGGUGUCCCCCGUGGGACUGUACGCCGCCCACGUCGGAUACAGCAUGUACCACCUGGCAUGACGGACACACGACCGUGGACACUUUUUUUUUUAUAUCAUGAUCACUGGGGUAAGACUCCUCUUUGAAGGAGACCCCCCCCACCUGCAGUGUCUCUUCUUUCGAGGACCUAAUGUCUGCGAGUAAGUCCUCCAAAAAGAUGUUUAAUCAUGUGCUCAUAGUGAUGCAUCUGAUUUUUUUAAAAAUGUAACAAAAAGGGAAGACAGUCCCUGUCGAGAUGACAGCCAAUGUGGACACGUAAACGCAACUGUGCAGCAGGAUGUUUUGUUGCGCUGCUGCAAAGCUUUUGUGGAAGCAUUAUACAUUCAUAUUAAUGUACAACUCAACCGGAUAACAGUGUCAAUGCUCUUUGUAAAUAAUAAUAAUAAUAAUAAUAAAAACAACAGCAUUUAAAAAUAGAUUUAAAAAAAAAACAGCACUAGUGUCUGUUGUUGGAAUGAUUCCCUUCGCAAGGGAUACGUGUACUGUAAAAUAAUGUAUAUUUGGAAAAAUAUCCUCAUUUAUAUUAUGAAUAUAUUUGUGCCAUAACUUAAUAAAUUGUUUAUUCUUUUUCA